AGCAGCAGUUUCUCGCGUGGAAGGAAGGCGACGAGAAAAACAACAACAGCCGGCAACCGGAGGAAGAGUAAACUGUUGUUUCGACUUCUGCGUCUCGUUGGUCCCUUUGUUUCUACGGGAGAAGCGCACGAGCAGGAGGCGAACGGCGGGUCCGUCUCUGAGAUGCAACGGUGGACUUUAUUGUCGCUGCGAGCUAACGUCAUUGAGCUAACGACGGGAGUAAGUUAGUCGUGCAUUGAUUCAUGCUAGUGCGUGGACGUUAGCUGUGAGGCAAUACUGGAACAUUCGUAAAAGUUUAUGCUCGUGCACCACGUUGCCUCUGGUGCGCUCCGUCUGAAGAGGAAUCGGACUGCUUGUCCCUGAACACACAGCUCCACCCGUCCAUCGGCUCUCAGCUGAGGGGUUACAACUCUGAAUAUGGUGAGUGGUUCACACAGAGACCACACGACUGGCACCUUUAAGUGUUUGGACUGGCACGUUGUCCAGCUAGAUUAACCGAGAUAAACACUGUUACGGUGGACACUUCAUGUAAUGGACAAGGAGAGUGACGGAUCUCAUCUGUAUGUCUCACUGCGCGGCUGCUGUCAGGGUUUCACAGCAAUGGGUCCCCGCUGCUAAAGCCCCCCUCUUCAAGUUCGUCGACACAUGUCUCUGGUAAAGCUCGACACAUCGAUAUUGCUCAACAUGGACUUGCACUGGAUUUAAAAGACUCGAACGUUACAGCCGUCUCCAGAUCACCUGAGCCUUUCUGCUGGUCCCCAGAGCUUAAUAUCUGGCCAGCAUGGCAAUGCCAGGGUCCACGAAUGUGCAGCUUUUCACCAAGCUUGUCAAGCAUGCAGUGGGUAAGGCGCAGAUUCAGCUGAACCGCUGGCUGAAGAAGAGUGCCACGGAUGAGUGUGACAAGAUUGACAUCCUGAUAUGCAGCGCUUUUGUCGAGACCGGGGCUGUAAUAGGGAAGUCGGAUGGAGACCCCGAGGUGGUCAGUGACACGGGAGGAAUGCCCUUCAGCAACAGUGGCGAGUUCAGACACCCGUGCUGCAUCACCACCUUUUGCUUCAAGAGCGCCCUGCUGGCAUGCAUUGUCACCGCCGUCUGCUUCUCCUCGGUCGCACUUGUUCGGCAAUACCUCAAGGACCUUCUGCUUUGGGUGGAGAGCUUGGACAGCCUUGUCGGCGCCUUGCUGUUUAUAGUCGGUUUGAUUAUCGUCUCAUUUCCAUUCGGAUGGGGAUAUAUUGUUCUCAAUGUGGCAGCUGGCUACCUCUACGGCUUUGUGCUGGGCAUGGGAAUAGUUAUGGUGGGAGUUCUAAUAGGGACCUUUGUGGCACACCUGGUGUGCAAACGUCUAUUGACUGAGUGGGUGCUGAACAAGGUUGGGAACAGUGAACAGCUCAGUGCCAUCAUUCGAGUGGUGGAGGGAGGAAGUGGACUCAAAAUUGUGGCCUUAUCAAGACUCACCCCGAUACCGUUUGGGCUCCAAAAUGCAGUUUUCUCGAUCACGGACGUGUCCUUGCCGAACUACCUGGUGGCCUCCUCUGUGGGUUUGUUGCCCACUCAGCUUCUCAACUCCUACCUGGGCACCACGCUCCGCACCAUGGAGGACGUCAUCGCCGAGCAGAGCGUCAGCGGCUACUUUGUGUUCAGCCUGCAGAUCGUCAUCAGCAUCGGCCUAAUGUUCUACGUUGUGCACCGGGCACAGCUGGAGCUCAACGCAGCCAUCGCCGCCUGCCAGAUGGAGCUGAAGACAUCACACAUGAACGGCUCCUCCACCAAUCACAGCGGCUUCACCUACUGCAGCAAGAGGGCGACGGCAGGCAGUGGAAACGGCAUUAAUGUGGUGUGAACACCGACCGGCUCACCACGCGCCAGUUUGUACGUCUCGGUCCCCGAAUUGCAACGCUGAAGAACUUACGGUAACGCGCUGAGUUCAGAAGAUGUCUGAAAUGUGUUUAUCAUUUCCCAGCUACAUAUUCUGGCCUCGUGUUGGAACCAGGAAAGCAUUCGUCUUUCGUCGUUAUGGGGAUUUAUAAGUGUGAGACCUUCUGACAUAACGAUGCUGAUGGAAGUGGUUUUGCGGUACAUCCUUUUGGGAGUUGUCUUUUUUCUUUUAAUUAAGGUACUUCUUAACCUAUUCUUACAAGAGAUGUCAAUGAAAUGAUGUUUAGAGCGAUAAGAGGUGAGGAAGUGAAAAACAAUAGCUAGGCAUUAUCUGCCUGCUUACACUAUGAAUGUGCAAUCUGGAGAUUUUUUACAGAACCAAGGAAUUGUUUUUCCAUUUCAGUGUCAAAAGAAUGCCAACCUAUGCACCUUUCAUUCAUACUUAAUCUGAUUUUGUUUUAUUCAUCCAUACCUUAGUCACACCACAAAUAAAAAGGGCCUUAUUCAUCUUUUUGAAAGAUUUGGCCUUUUUGGGCUAUUUAAUUUUCCUUACUUUUGGAUGAUUGAGAGGGGGGGGGGGGAGCUCUCUUCGAGCAUUACUGUGGGACGUCUGCCGGCUCACGACCACACCGGCUGAAUUGGCCUCUUCUGCCCGGAAAUCAUUUUGGCGCUUUUGCAGUUUUGAUAAGAGCAGCCGGGGAGGAGAACAGAUUUCACAGCAGGGGGCUCGGGAAUGUUUCUGCCGGGAAGGUUGAAGUGGGAUGUGAUCAUCUCCCCGGGGGCACCGCCUCAGGCGCUGCCACACAGCCACCAAGUGCUCCUCUACAUGUUUAUUUCUCAUUUUGGUGUGAUUUUUCAUUUGUUUUGUUUCCCAAUGUUAUUUGGCUGUGAGAUCGUUUAUUGGGAGGAUCACAUAGGUUUGGCUUAAGACGGUAGUUUUGACAAUUUUGUGCAAUACUUCAAAAUGGUGACGGAAUGGCAUGAAUGUCAUAUUUCAGUGCUGAAACCAAACUAAUCAGAAAUGCACAUAAAGAUACCACGAACCUGGGUCUGUUUAUUUAAAGUGUUACCUGCAUUAAAGACGAGUAAGCUAGAUGAGAUAAAGAGGCUAAUAUUUUGAAUGUGCCAUCAUUUGCUAAAGCUUAUGAGACGCCAUGACACUGGCCUGGCCCGAGCUGAGGCUACAUGUGACUUAUCCUUUAUUUUAUUAAUUAUGCUGGUAUUUCUAGAAAAUAUCUAUGAAGAACUGUUGUGUUUUAAGCUCUUAAUAAUAAAACAAGCCCUCAUGCUGUAGUUUCUCUGGCACAGUCUACUUCAGAGUGAAACGGGGAAAGGUUUGGUUGGUCAAAAGUUGAAUGUGAUGUCUCAGAAGCCGACAAUCAAACACAGCAUUGACACUAAGUGAUGAAUGUGAUAUUUUUUUAUUUUUACAUAAAUUAUUGUGAUGCUGCUCCUCAGACUAAGUCUGAAUGAGGUAUUAUAAGGGCUCCUAUAUGAAAUAUUGAUCUAUAUCCCUAUAUUUGUAAUGCUGGCAAAACAUUGAGUAUUUUUUUAUUUUUGUACAAAUGUUUUUUUUCUUCUGUUUUCAAAGCCAGAUUUAAUGUUUGCCCUCCACAUUCCAUGCUGUCAGUCCUCUUUAAAGCUGUGAAAGUUAUCUUCAUGCUAAAUGUUGGUUGAAAUGGCCCUCCUCAUGUACAAAUUCAGCAAUAAUGUUUGAAAGUCAAAAGCAAAAAACUAUGAUCAAAGUCCAACCAGUAAGAUGUGUUGGGAACACGAGUUGACUCCCGAUGUUAAAGAGCUUCUCUGUAACAUGUAUUUAUCUUUUGAAACUGCAUUUGAGGUUUUAAGUUGAUCCAUGUUACUCCGUAAGGUUAAGUAUUGCAAUUCCCAGGUGUGUGUGUUUCAGUGUUCAACCUGCCGAUUACCUCCCGCUGCCUCUGACGGAUCUUAGUGACUGAGCUGCCAGUUCUGUGGAAGAAGCACACCGAAUGGAAUCGGAGCAGCUCGUUCAGAUCGGCAGCGCCUUCUUUGGAGAGUCCCCAAACCGGCUGUUCGGCUCAGAAAUGGAUAUUAAAAAAGUUUAAUACAACCCUCAAGUGUGUGAAACUUGAUCGGACACGUAUAUCAUAUGUUAGUCUGUCAAUUGGGAUUUUGAAAACUUGACAUUGUGGGAAGAUAAGCAGUCUUACAGUAGGCUUUGGUUCCUCAUAGGUGGACUCUAUUUAACUUAGAUAUAGUUAUGCAACAACUGAUUUCUAAGGGAAGUAUAUUUCAUCGAUACCCACUCAAGACCUGAAUCUGGGAUGUGACUGCACACACAACUGGACUGUUAAGGAGUAAAAUAUGAGAUAAACUUAGUGUCACAUUAAGGGUCUCGUUUGGUGCUAUGAAAUGCAAUACUUCCCAUCUGUAUCAAGUGCAUUACACAUAUACUGUAUUUUGUAAUACAGAGAAUUUUACAGUGUAUACACAUUGAUACGUAUCGCUGUAUACACUUCAGUGUUAUUUAUGAGAGAAAAUAAAACCUGUCAGACUUUGUUACAAAUUG